UAUUCCCUUAUUAUUCUAUAACAACGAAAGCCUUUCAGAGCUUUCCAAUAACAUGUAAAGCACGCAUGCACAUAAAUAACUUAAAACUUCGACACAAGAAGCGGAAAGCACCUCUUUGACCUACAACAUCAAAGCGUAAAGGAAAUUGGUAUAAAUUCCAUCUACUCGAAGAAAAUGACAAAAGUUUCCAAGUUAAACACAUUUUAACGGAACAAGUUGCGGCGCGAAUGCGUACAUUGGGGCAUCUGUCGUAGCGAGUGAGCGCGACCGGCGGCGUCGGAGCGGCGCGUCGCAACAGCGUGGCGCUCUUGUUUCCCCUAUUAGCAAACUUUCAGCGACAUCUGUCGUAUCGACCGGAUGCGACCUUGACUCUCUCGCCUCGCCGCGCGCCCAACGGUAUAUAAAAUAAUUUCAAUCGGAACUAAGUAUCAUUGCACUACAUCCGUCCAGCCAUGAGGUUUAUUCUGGUGGUGGCAUGCGCACUGGCGGCGCUGGCGGUGGCCGGCGCCCGGGAGACGCGGGAGAGACGCGAUGUAGACCUGGAGCCAGCCGCCUCGCACCACCACGAGAAGGGGGGCGGUCACGAGCACCACGAGCAUCACUACCACGACCACGGAGACCACGGCGAGAAGGGACACAAGGGACACCACGACCACUACCACGGGAAGAAGGGACAUCAUCACCACGAGGGUCAUAAAGGGCAUCACGGCGAGCACGGCGGACACAAGAAGCACCACCACCACGACGACGGCUACCACCACCACCACCACCACGGGGAGAAGGGGGAGAAGGGCCACGGCCACGAGGAACACGGCCACUGGAGCAAGGGACACGACACCAAGGGACACCACGGCAUAGAGAAACACGACGAGUUCAAGAAGAACAAGCACUUCCACGACCACCACGGAGACAAGGGGUACAAGGAGCACCACGGCGGCCACCACCACGAGGGGGGGUACAAGAAGGGGGGACACUUCCACAAGGGACACAAGCACGGGGGCCACCAUGAACAUGAACAUGGCAAGAAGGGACACCAUGAGAAGGGGGGGCACCACCACGAACAUAAAGGACAUCAUGGAGAGGGGGGCCACCACGAGCAUCAUCAUCAUCACCAUCAUCACGACAAGAAGGGGGGCCACGAGGACCACAAGCACUGGCAUCACAAGGGUUAAGAACUUAGCUAUUAACUUGUUGACUGUUGAUUUUUAUACCAAAUUUUUGUUAUGUUUUUUUAAUAAAUAGCUUUUAUAUAAAAGGUUUCUAUAUCCUGAACGUACCACCGUACCGUACACACCGAGUUUGCCCUUUUCCUGAUAGGUUUUACUAACUUAUAGAGUAAUGGUGCACUCAACAAACUCCCGACCUAUGGUUAAGUGCUCUUCCGUAGCAAAUUGAGUUAUUAUAGUAUCGGUACACCCGACCCAUUAUAUGAAUUGAGCAUACCUAUGUAUCCAACUAAAUACUGUAGCUAUGUAUUCGCAAUGUACCUACAAUUGAAUGAGCCAAUGAUAUAUAAAUAAUGACGUAAAAAUAUCAUUUCUUAGGUACUAAGCUCAGAAAGCACAUCGUUUGUAUUAUCAAUAGCCGUUUAUUUAAAUUAGAACAAUAUUUUUUUGCAUCUUCAUCAGAAAGCAGUUAGAAAACAAAACAUUGAAUGGAACAGAAGAAAUAAAAACAAAGCCUCUACUUAGGCAUUGUACCUACUUGAGUUCGAAAAAAAACGCUUUACUUUUUUUCUGUAGAUCCGACUAUUAGAGCCUGCCACCGAUACACAGAAGCUUAAU